CUGUAGCGAGUCAUUAUGAAGUGGGAGAAGCUGAGGCCUCCGGAGCCGGACGAGCCCGUGUGCUGCUGCGAGUGCGACGUCUACCAGUGCGGGUGCUGCUGCGACUGCGAGGACCUGGACGAGGCCGUUAGCAGGUGGCUCAGACACAAACCGUGCCCGUCUCCCGCGGUCGGGGCCAUGAUCGACAACCUGGAGAUCUCCAUGGUGCCGGCGCUGGUGCUGCUGCCCCUGCUGCUGCGGGUGGCGGCGCUGCACCCCCUGCUGGGCGUCACGGUGCUGACGGCUCUGCCCGGCCUGGUGCUCUGGUACUACUACGCCACGCACCGCAGGAGGAGGCGCACGCUCUUCUUCCUCACGCUGGCGCUCUACUCGCUGGCCCACAUGUAUUACCUCUUCCUCACGGAGAUCGUGCCGCGCGGCGACGUGGCCCGGCUGCAGGUGUGCGCCGUGACCGCGGGCAUGGUCCUCACCAUCGCUUCUCUGGUUCACACCAAGCGGGGCCCCGGGUUGGUGCACGGACUCCACGCUGACAACGAUUCCCCACGGCUGACUGGACCUUUACAGCCAUCCUCCCCUGGGAAACAGAAGACGCACGAGCCUCCGACAGCGAAAUGGAGCAAGUGUCCUGUUUGUAAAAUAAUGCGGCCCCCGAGGGCCGGACACUGCCGGACCUGUGGAUCAUGCGUCCAGCGCCUGGACCAUCACUGCAUCUGGAUAAACAGCUGUGUGGGCCGGGCCAACCACCGCAGCUUCCUCCUCACGCUGGCCGUGUUCGUGCUGACGUCUCUGUACGGGAUCAGGCUGGUGCUGCGCAGCCUCUGUCCUCGCCAGUACGCGGCGGCGGCGCUCUUCUACUGCCCCGGGGUCUACGGCCAGUCCAGCGCGGCGCUGUGCUUCACCUGCGCGUGGUACAGCAGCAUCGUCACGGCGGGACUGGCGUAUCUGCUGGCGGCGCAGGUCCUGAACAUCAGCUUCAACGUGACGGAGCGCGAGGCCCAGCUGGCUCUGAGGAGCGGAACGGGCCGGAGCCGCCUGUGGGGCCUCGCGGUCGACACGGGGGAGUAUUCGCGUGGCUUCUGCCAGAACUGGAUUGAGUUCCUCACCAUGACAGAUGCCUCGGUGGGUGGGAAAUGGUAUCUGAUCGGCCUCGCCACCAACGCGGCGUGGUUCAUCCGACGCAAGGACACCAUGAAGAUGGGCACCAGCAUCAUCACCCCCACCGCCACCGGGGACCUGGACAUGGCCUACGCCAGCCUGAACUCCGACGGGUCGUGCUGGAGGAAGAACAGCCUGGCGAAGAAGACGGACGUGGCCGGGAGGUUCACGUACACGUGCCAGCGCUGGGCCAGCGAGAACGACCUGCGCUGGGUGGACGUGAAGUACGACGAGUACGCGCUGACCCACACGGUCAAGACCAAGGCGGGCGCUUCCACGGUCGUCAACAAGCUAUACGGCCGCGCAGCGGAGCUCGCCGCUGAUUUGAUGGAGAAGUUCAGGCAGUUUUCCCUGCAGACGGGCGUCCUGCCGGAGAACAUAGUUUUCCUGCCUAAAAACGCCGAGUGCCCCGCUGCCUAGUUUCCUGGUCGUCGUGCGACAGUAAUACUGUGGGAACAUUUGUCACAUGAUCAGAUCAAACAUUGUAUUAAGAAAAUCAACGUAAUGCAAAGCUUGGUUUCAUAGACGUUCUUUAGCUGUUUUCUGCCUGCAGCUCUUACUAUGCAAGAUAAAGAUGGACAGGUUUUCAGAAUAAAGUGCUCUGCUUUGCAUUGUAA